AGGGCCUUACUCGGGGUCCGGGAGAUGGGAGCGAGCCGCUCGCGGGGGUGUAAGGGUGGCCAAGACUCUGGAAUUUGGCUUUGUUUGACAUCGAGGUGUACUGCCUAGGACCAACCUUGAUCCCUUUGGCCCGGCGAGGUGUGCUGGACCGCAUCCUGCAGACCUGGCCGGUUUGGAUGCCUACGAGUCUGAUGCCGGUGAUGCCGCUGGCCAUUUUCGGAGCUCGGUUUUUUUGAACUGGUGGGACACUCUUGGCAUCGAAGCCGACAUCAUCAAGGUUUGGAUGAUGCGGGGAUGCUGCGAUGAUCCUACGAGUCUGAUGCCGGUGAUGCCAUGACGACCACAGCCAGAGCCGAAAAAGUCAGUGCCUUUGCAGUUUGAAAACGUGCUUGUCCUUGCAGAUGUUGCUCAACAUUUUUGCCUCUUCCUUCUUGAUGCAUGACCCUGCCCAUGCAGCUGAUUUUGCUUGACAUAGAAGCACUGGCGUCUAGAGCGCCACCCCUGGUUUUCGACUUGGUUGCAGGCUCUCUUGGGCGCGGGCGGGUGACAACGGGCGAAGUCGCUCCCAUGAGCCCUUGGGAUGACCUGCAGGGCGCUGUCAUUGCAGGCGAUGCCAAAGCCCAGGGCGUGGCCGAGGCAGUGAUGGGCCAGAGCAACACGGAUGCCGGGAGGAUGGAGGUGCUGAAGCAACUCAUGGAGCAGCAGUCCGUGGGAGAUUGGAGGUUCUUGAGGCUGGAGACCAGCAGCUCGUCUUCUGAGGAGCCAGUGGAAAGCGAGCCCUUGGCCAAGAAGCCAAAGAUCGAAGUGAGGAGGAUGAACAGGGUGGAGAUGCAGGAGGAGCUGAAAGCCCAAGGCGAGCCCGUCGAACCUGGCGCCACCGUGAAUCAGCUGAGAUCUCAGCUGGUGACGGCUCGCAAGUCUGUGGAGACGCCCAUGGGCGCGGCUGAGGUCCAGGAGCCCCUGCCGGACAAGGUGGAGACGCCCGUGGACGCGGCGCAGAAGCAGGACAAGGUGGAGACUGAGGGCCAGGAGCCCCUGCCAGACAAGGUGAAGACGCCCGUGGACGCGGCGGGUGACCAGGAGCCCCCGCAUGACAUGGUGGAGACCGCGCAUGCCGCCCAGAAGCCCGAGGAGAGCCGCUGGAGUCCCGCUCCUUCAAGGGCAUGCACAUACAAGGACUUGUUCUUCUUUCUUGCUGGCGGGCAGUGCGCGGCCAACUGUUGGAACCGCGCGCUGCAAGUGGACGGAGAUGAGUACAGGGGCCUGCUCAUGACACAGGACGGGUACUUGAUCGACGUGCGGACCAUGGACGCGCAGCUGGCCAAGCAGGAGCACGUCAUCACAAAAUGCUUGGGGGUGACUUACCCACGAGAGCUCUUUGCGAUGUUGGGCCGGGACCUGGACUUGGAGGUUUGCUUGCAACAGGUGAAGGACUUCGAGAGCGGGGUCGGGCAGGGGUACGGCACUGUGGACAUGCCGCCUGAGCUCAGCGGCAAGUUACUGAAGUUGUUCGAGCAUCCCGCCCUCGAGGCGUGCAAGGUUCUCUACAGUUACUGGGAAAACAUGGCGGUCACACUGUGGUUGAUGAAGUGGGCAGCGCAUAGGCUCUGCGGCACGUCCCAGCUAGAGGAAUUUCACAUCUAUCUGGGAGGGGGCAAGAACGGAAAGAGUUGGUGGAUCGCGCAGCUGCAGGCUUUGUUCGGCACGUAUUGUGCGAUGCCCGACUCCGAUCUCCUGACCCGCUUCAACAGCCAGCAGGCCACUCCGCAGCACAUGCAACUCCGGGGAGCUCGCCUCCUGCCGUUUGCGGAGAUGAAUGCCUCGCAUCGGCCCCAGGCCAACACACUGAAGUUGUACAGCGACCACAAGACUGUGAUCCACGCCCGAAACCAUGUCAGCUUCCGAGUUCAGUUCGGCUUGGUGAUGUGCUCCAACGAGCGGCUGCACAUGUCUCUUGACGGGGGAACCGACAGACGACUGUCGGUGGCAGAAUGGCCGAUUCAGUUCUGCCAGGUGCCGCGGUUGGUGCAGGUCGGGCUCAAGGACGAGCAGAGGCUCGCUGACAACAGCCCAGGGCUUCUCUACGUGCUGCUCAAGGUGUUCAAGGUCUUCGGCGCCGUGCAGGACACUCUGGUUCGGCCGUGGCCGCUGUGGGUGGAGCAGGCCACGCGCAGCUACCUGCAAGGCGAUUCAGUGGAGUUUGUGUGGGAGUCUUUCGUUGAGACGUGGGAGAUGGCCUCGAGGCCGUCCAUGGAGUGUGCGGGCUACGGAGUGGUGUCGGAUGCCUGGGUCGCCUUUGCCAGGACAAAGAACGUCGGCGUUUCAGCCGCCGGCAGUCACUUCAAGCAGGCAAUGCUACGCCACAAGCACAAUGACCGCUACGUGGCCAAGUUCCUGAACGAAAACCAGUGCUUCAAGCAGCCUAAAGGGUCUGCGUAGAGUUUUGAUUUUCCAAAUCCGGGUGGCUGUCUAGUAUAAAACACAGCUUGCAGCGCCAUUUCAAUUGAAUUGCGCAAGUGGGCUGCAGCGCUUGACAGACAUCCGUCUGCGGCUCUUGGUCGCAGUGAAUUAAUUCAAUGUGUCCGUGCGACAUCUCUACAUCUCUACAUGAUGUAGAAUACAGAGCGGAUCAUGCUUGACACGGUGAUUGUGUCGCGUGUGACGCGUGGAUGAAACCAAUCGUGGUUGG